GAGUGGUGUGGUACCACUUUCCCCUCACAUGGGGGCAGGAUAAGCUGCCCUGUAUGCUGCUGCAUGAUGGUGGCAUGCUUCUGGCUCUGGUCUGCUCUGUCCUGGGGCUCUGUGCUGUAUUUGACGUCCACAACGCCAAAGACAUUCCCAACCACUACUCCUUGCACAGCUGGAUUGGCAUUUGCACUAAAGCACUCUUCACCGCUCAGGUUUAGUAUAUGUGCCACGGCCAACACACACAUUAAAACGGCCUUAUCAUAAAACAACUGUGAACUCAUAUUAGGCCAUAUUAUGGCCUACUUGUAUUAUUCCCUACUUGGCAUGUGCAGUGAUUGUUAGAAUUGUUAUGCCAUUUUCUAUGGCUGUGAGAGGCUGACAUAUGUUUGUUUUGUUUUCAGUGGGUGGUGGCCCUUGUUGGUUUCCUCCUGCCCUGCUCACCCAUGCUGCUGAAACCUGCCGAUGUGUGGAUGGGAGACAGCAUACUGAUAAUCAGCAUCGUGUCCUGCAUCUCAGGGAUCAACAAUAAACUUUUCAUUGUUAACUAUGUGAGCCCAUAUUCUUAUAGUGUCUCAGAUUGUGCUGAUCUAGGAUCAGGCAGUGGUGGAAAAAGUACUCAAUUGUCAUACUUGAGUAAAAGUAAAGAUACCUUAAUAGAAAAUGACUCAAGUAAAAGUGAAAGUCACCCAGUAAAAUACUACUUGGGUAAAAGUCUAAAAGUAUUUGUUUUUUAAAUAUACUUAAGUAUCAAAAGUAAAUGGAAUUGCUAAAAUGUACUUAAGUAUCAAGAGUAAAAGUAUACAUCAUUUCAAAUUCCUUAUAUUAAGCAAACCAGACGGCACAAUAAAAAUAUAUAUAUAUAUAUUUAUGGAUAGCCAGGGGCACAGUCCAAUACUCAGACAUCAUUUACAAAUGAAGCAUUUGUGUUUAGUGAGUCCGCCAGAUCAGAGACAGUAGGGAUGACCAGGGAUGUUCUCUUGAUAAGUGUGUGAAUUGGACCAGUUUCCUGUCAAAAUGUAACGACUACUUUUGUGUGUCAGGGAAAAUGUAUGGAGUAAAAAGUACAUUGUAGGAAUGUAGUGAAGUAAAAGUAAAAGUUCGCAAAAAUAUAAAUAGUAGAGUAAAGUACAGAUACCCCAAAAAAACUACUUAAGUAGUACUUUAAAGUAUUUUUACUUAAGUACUUUACACAACUGGGAUCAGGUCCCCCAUGCAAUCUUAUAAAUUGUGAUGUAAAAGGCAAAACUGAUCCUACCCUGUGACUAUGAAUAUGGGCCCUGAUUAGGUUUAUUUCCAUUUUUGUAUUCAGGACUUGGAGGAAACAAUGUACUGUAUAAACAUAUUUAAAUAAUGUACAGACAAAAAAAUGAUAUCUAGCUGUGUUGACAAUAUUGCAAAAAUAUUAAAAGUGUUGAUUGAUUAUUAAUUGAUUAUUUCUUCAGAAAAGGAACUUCAAAUGGCACACAGCCAUAUGCCAACCUGCCACC